AUGAAACUUGAUGUCGAUGAGGCCUAUGAUUUGUAUGAAAAAAUAGAUAAAAACAAGUCGAUGUGCCCAACUGAUAGGAAAGCUCCAAGAAAAACAGCAGGGAUACACAAUGUGGAUGCAAUGACAGCAAUGGCUUUGCAAAUGGAAGUUUUUACUAUGAAAAUAGACAAUCUAUCUCAGUCAAUUAACAUGAAACAUCGAUCGCCACCAGUUUGUGAAGGUUGUGGAGUGGAUCAUAUUACUACACGCUACACUUUAGCGUCUACACAUGUAAAUCAACCUGAAGAAGUUAGCUAUACACAGAACUUUCAAAGACAACAGAAUAAUCCUUACUCCAACACAUGUAAUCCAAGGUGGAGGAACUCUCCAAACUUUUCAUGGUCUAACAAUCAGAAUCAACAGGCCUCGAUAAAGAACUUGGAACAACAUAUGGGACAAAUGGUAGCCGCACUAUCAAGUAGAGCUCAAGAGAUGUUAUCUAGCGUUGCUGAGAUAAAUCCUAAAGAGCAACUCAAAGCAAUCACUAUAUAUAUUGGCAUCCAAUUACGAGAAAUAGGUGUAAAGCAGCCAACAUCAGUCAUAGAAAAAGAAGCUAGGUUUGGGAAAGCAAAAUUGACUACAAUUUCACUGCAGUUGGCUGACGGGUCAAUCCGGCACCUUCAAGGAAAGGCUCUAAUAGAUAUUGAUAUAAUAAAAGAAAUAGUGUUAGAGACAUUCAUACUUGAUCACCCUGAGGAUCCGCUUGAGGUUUGUUCAAUUCAUUCUCAGGAUCUACUAUCAGAAAGGAGAAAGCAAAAGAACGUACCACCACUUUUCAAGCAACCACAUUUAGAGCUCGAUGAAGGACCCACAACAACUUUACUAUCUAUCCAAAUCAAAAGGGAUCAGUUGUCGAUGGUACUUCAGGAGCACAAAACAGCUAUAAAAUGGACUAUAUUGGAUAUAAAAGGGAUCAGCCCUUCUCUUUGCAUGCAGAAGAUACUGAUGGAAGAUGAUUACAAAGCUUCAGUUGAGUAUCAACUCAUUCCUACACGCACAGUUACGGGUUGGAGAGUUUGCAUUAAUUAUCACAAACUUAACAAUGACACGAGGAAAGAUCACUUCCUCCUUCCUUUCAUUGAUCAGAGACUCGCUAGAAAUACUUACUACUACUUUUUAGAUGCUUAUUCGAGCCACCUUUUAGAGCUGUAUGAUGUCAUUUUCUCGAACAUGGUGGGAAAUAUCAUUGAAGUGUUUAUAGAUGACUUCUUAGUCUUUGGAAGGUCAUUUAAGGAGUGCCUUAAACAUUUGGGAAAAUUGUUACAACGGCGUGAAGACAUAAACCUUAUAUCAAAUUGGGAAAAAUGUCAUUUCAUAGUUCAGGAAGAGAUUGUGUUAAGGCAUUUGAUAUCAGUACGAGGUAUUGAGGUAAAUAAAGCUAAAAUACAAGUCAUUGAAAAACUACCACCAUCGACAAUAAUGAAGGGAGUUGGAAGUUUCUUAGGUCACACCGGGUUCCACCGUCGCUUCAUCAAAGACUAUUCCAAACUCUCGAAGCCAUUAUGCAAUUUAUUGGAAAAAAGUGCUCUAUUUCACUUUGUUGAGGAGUGUUUGACUGCUUUCAACACCUUAAAGGAAAAAUUAGUUUCUGUUCCAGUGUUGGCUUCUCCAAACUGGGAUUAUCCAUUUGAACUUAUGUAUGAUUCUAGUGAUCAUGUAGUGGGGACAGUGUUAGGUCAACGCAAGGAGAAAAUUUCUUAUGUUAUUCACUAUGCAAGUAAGACUUUAGAUGAAGCUCAAAUGAAUUAUGCGACUAUAGAGAAAAAGCUUUUGGCAGUAGUGUUCGUAGUUCACAAAUUCAAAUCAUAUUUGCAGUUGACAAAUUGCGAAGCUGAGAAGUAUUCGAUGGAUACUCCUAUUACAAGGAUUAUCACCACACCAUGGUAUGCCAACUACGUCAAUUAUUUUUACCUGUUCUAUCAUCCCACCGAACUACUCGAGUCAUCAGAUGAAGAAGUUCUUUAG